UUGGCGGUGCCGCGCAUCUCUCGUUAGUCAAAUCGUGAUCGUCGUCGCGCGAUCAUUCGGCACGUUACACUUGAUAUAUAAAAUCUCGGCACGCGGAUUGACCUGCGUACGAAAAUAAACUUCAUCGAGAAGUAAGCGAAGACUGGCAACUUGUUCCGCGGUUACGCGCUCUUUGUGAUGAUAUUACACCCUGCGACUUUAUCAUUAUUUUUUUUAUAAAUUGAUACGCAAGAAGAAAUACAUAAAACAAACUAAAACUACGCGGUGCGUAGCAUCGGAUCUGCGACGAAGGGAGGGAGGAAAGAUAUAAACUGUAGUGAUAUUCGGAUAUCAAAGACUUAUUAUUGACUUUAAUGAUGAUGGAGCGAUUGAUGCUGCUGGCCUUUUUAAUCACUGUAGUUUUAUGCCACGAGCCGUUUCAAGUAAUCUUUGAAUGGAAGACGAUUGACUUCCAAUGGCCAUCGGACGAAGAUCGACAAUAUGCUGUAAUGCGUGGUGAAUACAUACCGGCGAACAACUUUAUUACCACUGUGAAAUUCUGGAAGGAUAAAAUGUAUCUAACAUUACCGCGAUGGAAAGACGGCGUACCGGUAACGCUGGGCGUUACGUCGGCGAAACCGAACGGUAACACGGCACCUAAAUUGGAGCCCUUCCCCAAUUGGGAUAUGCAGAAACUGAGUGACUGCACGGCAUUCCAACUGGUCCACAGCAUAGAGAUUGAUCCUAAGGGUCGCAUGUGGAUACUUGAUACUGGUCGACCCACGUCUCUCAGAGAAUCGAAAGCCGACUGCUCGCCGCGUCUUGUCAUUCUCGAUCUCGAGGACAACAAUAAGAUUCUUCGUACUUAUCAGUUCCCCGAGCACGUAACUCGCCGCAAAGAUGCAUACCUUAAUGACAUUGUUCUCGAUCACGAGGACGGCGGCAUGGCAUACAUCACUGAUACUAGUACUACCGAUCCCGGCAUCAUUGUGUAUUCUUUAAGAGAUAACAAUUCCUGGAAGGUCCGACACGAGUCUAUGAAGGCAAAAUCAGAGGCGGUCGGAUUCAUGGUAGCAAAGACACAUGUAAUCCAUCCAGUGCACGUGGAUGGCAUAGCACUUUCACCAGCGAGUAGUCGCGACAGGCAAGUUUAUUAUUCUCCUUUGUCUUCUUUCCAUCUAUACUCGAUUCCGACAUCUGCUUUGAAGAAUAACGCAACGAAUAUCGAUCAAUAUGUGAAGGAACUUGGACGGAAGAAUUCACAGACGGAUGGCAUGACAAUGUCAUCCACUGGCGUACUUUAUUUUGGUCUACUGGCCGACGACGCCAUCGCUAUGUGGGAUACCAAGAAUACACCAUCCUUCACCGUAGGUCAACGAAUUAUAUCGCGCGAUCACGUAUUGACACAAUGGCCCGACAGUUUUGCCUUUGACGAAGACGGCAAUUUUUGGUGCGUCAUCAAUAUGCUGCAAAAUUUCUUAAACAAUCGCAUUGAUAUCAAUGAGCCGAACUACCGUCUCAUUCGAUCACGCGUAGGCGUUAAGAGUUAUCAAUAUUACGAAAACAGCACGGUACCCGAAUUACCGGAUUUCACCGCUGGUGCUGAUUCCGUCAGACUUGCAUUUGCCGUGCUAUUAUCUACCAUUUUGAUACUUAUAGUGAAAUAACCGUUUUACGAUCUUGUUAAAAGUUCUAUGUACAUUGCAUACCCCAAGAAAAAAUUUACGAACCCAUGUUAAAACAAUCGAUCAUAUUAACUCUUUAAUGUGUUGUUUUUUUACGGCUUAUUUAGAAAUAAUGACAAAUUUGUUGUAAUGAAGAAGAUCUGACAUUAUUUAGGAAUUGAAGUAACGAAAAAAAUCUAACUCAGGCUAACAUUAUGAGAGAUAUAAUUUAUGAUAUAAAAGUGUGAUUGAUUACUCUUAUAUCAUUGCCAAAAUAAAAAAAACUUUUUAUAUGAUUUGAAAGAUCAUUAGAUAUAAUCUCAUAUUAUUAUCAAAUAUAAAUUUAUUAAAAUUAUUAUUUAAUAGAAAUGUACCGUAAUAUAUACGAUUUAAAUUAUUACUGUCAAAAUAUCGAAAAAUAAUAAUAUGAAUUCAGAUUGGAAUUGAAUAUGAAACUAAAUAUUUAUCUGAAUCAAAAUGAUUUUUUUCUUUUUUAAAAUCUAGCUUAGAUUUAUCAAAUCAUCUUCACCUAUUAAAUAUUGAUAUUAUUUAUUCCAAAGCUUCUUAAAUUUGUGUAUGUUAUAUAAUUUUCUUUUAUUUUAAGUAAAACUUCAAUUCUCAUAAUUAUUCAAUUCUCAUCUUAAUCAAUUCCAUUGAAACAACAGCUAGAAAAAUUAUUUCAAAAUAAGAUCAUCAAUAAUAUCAUUGAUGAUUAUGGCUUCGUGUCAUAUAGUACUGUGUUCUGAAAAUUUAGUGGCAAAUAUUGAGAAACAUUUUUUGUUAUAUCAAUAUAAUUGAUAAUAAUUUGUCACAAUUAAUAAUAAUAAUUGACAAUAGAGGUUGAACUUUAUGAUAGAUAAUAGCAUAAAAAUGUUUUCUGAUCUUUUAAUUAUGUACAAAAUUUUUAAUUUUGACAAUGAUAUAAAAAUAAUCACCUACAGUCUUUUACAUGACAGUAUGUAAGUUUUCGCUAAUCUAAAUCAACUUUCUAUACACCUCUUUCCUUACACAUACACACACGCGCGCGCGACAGCCAACGUAGACAGCACAUAUCCAAAAUUAGGACAUAAGACGUCUUGAAGACAUCUUAAAUGAUGCCUUUAAGGCGUCUUAUGUCUCAAUUUUGAACACACGUAUUGUCUGGGAAAUUUGUCGAGACAGAUUCUGCAAUGUACCUGCUUCAAAUUUUAUCGACAAAAUACAGAUUUAAUACAGUUACCUAUAACAAUGCUAUUUGCAAAACUUACUAACAAAAAUAUAGCAAAAUUUAUUAAUAUAAUAAAAUAUGAUAGCAGAAA